AUACUGCGCGCAUCGAUGCGCUAGAUGUUAGCAAAACAAACGCGAGCAAGUCGUGUGCCCUUCAAAUAAUCUCUCUUCGCUGCUUCGUCAGUUCAGUCUGGUGCUGAACUCUGAACAGAACGAACAGUCGAAGGCACCAUGGAAGUGGACAGCCCUCGCUCCUACUACGAUGGCGACAGGACAAUGAAGGCCCGACAGAACGGCAUCGUCCAGCCACUCCUCACAGAUUUGUACCAAAUAACUAUGGCUUAUGCCUAUUGGAAGGCGGAGAAGAUCAAGGACCACGCCAUUUUCGACCUGUUUUUCAGAAAAAGUCCGUUCCAGGGUGAAUUCACCAUUUUUGCUGGUUUGGAAGAGUGUCUGAAGUUCCUCCAGAAUUUCCACUACUCAGACAGUGACAUUGAGUACCUGAGGACAACCCUUCCGAGCUCGAUCGAGCCUGAUUUUUACCAUUACCUACGUCACCUGACGGCCAAAGAUGUAAAGGUGUAUGCGGUAGAAGAAGGUUCUGUGGUUUUCCCGAGAAUCCCUCUACUUCGAGUUGAAGGUCCCCUGAUUGUUGUGCAGUUGCUGGAAACUACUAUGCUUACUCUAGUUAAUUACGCCAGUUUAAUGGCAACCAAUGCAGCUCGGUACAGAAUCGCUGCUGGCAAACAAAUGACCCUGCUCGAGUUUGGACUUCGAAGGGCGCAAGGACCUGACGGCGGGCUUUCUGCCUCAAAAUAUGCCUAUAUCGGGGGCUUUGACGGCACGAGCAACGUUCUCGCGGGCAAGCUGUUCAACAUUCCCGUCAGAGGCACGCACGCUCAUUCAUACAUCACGUCCUUCACUGAUUUCGCUGAGUUGCGGACAACGAAAUUGAAGGACUGCUCCACGGGGCAAGAUGUUGAUCUAGUUGUGCAAUGCCAAGAAUACCGAGAGCAGCUGUCCCAUCUUCUGCUGAACACCGACCCGAACGAGGCAUCCAACGGCGAGCUUGCUGCCAUGAUCUCCUUUGCGAUCGCCUUCCCUCAGGGCUUCAUGGCUCUUGUGGACACGUACGAUGUUCUGAGGUACCUCCUUGCGCCCCCACCCUUGAGUGGCUUACUCAACUUUUGUGCGGUCGCCUUGGCCCUCAACUCCUUGGGCUAUAAGGCUAUAGGAAUUCGCAUCGACAGUGGAGACCUUGCCUACCUCAGCUGUAAAGCCAGGGAAUUCUUCGAGAUCGUGGCAGCAAGAUACAACCUGCCCUGGUUUGCAAAAUUAACUAUUGUGGCAUCCAAUGACAUAAAUGAAGAUACUAUCCUGAGCCUGAAUGAACAGGGUCACAAGAUUGACUGCUUUGGAAUCGGAACUCACCUGGUUACCUGUCAGAGGCAACCUGCCCUUGGCUGUGUCUACAAAAUGGUGGAGAUCAACAACAAGCCUAAAAUAAAACUUAGUCAGGAUGUUGCCAAGGUGACAAUGCCAGGGAGGAAAAAUGUCUUCCGUUUGUACAGUGCUGAUGGUCACGCGCUGAUUGACCUACUGCAGCGAUCAGAUGAGCCAGAGCCAAAAGUUGGUGAAAAGGUUCUCUGCAGACACCCGUUCCAGGAGUCAAAGCGAGCUUACGUCAUCCCCUCCAGAGUGGAGCCAUUGUACAAGCUUUACUGGAACGAUGGCAAGCUGACAGCUCCAUUGCCAGACCUCCAGCAGGUCAGGCAAAGGGUGCAGGACUCGCUGAGGACUCUAAGGCAGGACCAUAAGCGUAACCUAAACCCGACACCCUACAAGGUGUCGGUGAGCAAAGAUUUGUACAGCUUCAUGCAUGAUCUCUGGCUGCAGAGUGCGCCGAUUGGAGAGCUCUCCUGAUAAUUAACUUAAUAGAGCGUUGCCAAAAUCUAACGCCACAGGGUUGGAAUUAAUUUUUAAGAGUGGGCUUGGUACACAAUUAAGUGAUUUUAAAAGAAAACAAGAAUUCAAAGCGGCACAAAUUUUUUCAUCCUUAUUUAUUGCACUUUCAGUGGAAGGAAAAGCUAUUUUGUGGGCAGUGUUAACGCGUUAUAUCGUUUAAAAUAUGCAUUAUUGAGAAUAUAAUAAAUUAUUAAGCUGAAUUUUGAUAGUGCCCUACCUCUAGGUGUAUGUGAUUUUUUUCACAUAUCGACAUGAAUGAAGUCGAGACAUAGUUUUGUCAAUUUAUACUCUCUAAUUUCAAAUUUGGAUAGGACUUCAGAUAUGCUAAAAGGAGCAGGAUUAAUACCUGGGGCAUUAUAUGAAAGGAAAGCUGCUGUGGUAUUUUUAAAAUUUGUUUAAUGGUUCCCUUGAAAACAACUGCUUUAGAAAAUGCAAUACAAUGCUGUUCAGUGAAAAUAAUAGGUGCAUAAUAUGAAGAUGAUGAUUAUAAUAUGUAUGUUGCAUUUUUCCUUCGGAACGCCUCUAAGGUAACUAUAGAGAAAAAUAUAUUUCUCACUCUGGUUGACUUAAUUAAAAUGAGUUUGACUUGCUCUGCGUUGACUAAAUAAUAUCUAAUUAUUAGUUCCUCUCAAACACUGGUCACUAUGUUAAAAAAGCUAACAAGUCCCUCCUUGUGUUUGAUAAAGUGUGCUGAGAAGGCUCUCUCAACAUUGUUGGCGUCACACCAAGCAAGUCAUUUGGUUAAUAUAAUAUGCAAUGUUUGAAACAGCAUAGCUAAGAUAAUGCAUAGUCCACCCGCUCAGUACAAUGUUUGGUGCGCCCAUGCAUUCUCUUUGCAAUUAUUUAUUCCCUCGUAAAAAUUAAGUUGUGCAAGUGCCUCAAGUACUUCAACAUCUAAAGCCAUAUUUAUAGUUAUAAAAUAUUUAAACAUGUUUUACUGUCAAUUUUGCUGGUUUAUUUUAUAUUACCUUUUUGAUGUGUAGAAUGUACACAGUUUUAUUCCAUUAAGGUGUUGAUCGUUGUGAGUCCUCCUGAUUGUAUCAUUGACGAAGUAAGUCAUGAAAGGGGAAUCACUCAAAUAAUUCUGUAAUUUAGCCAUGUAACUGGACAAAACGGUUUGUAACAAGUAUGUUUAAAAGUGGUUAAAAAAAAAUUGUUUGACCUUAGGCCAUAUUCAAUAAUAAAAUUGGUGUUAGGCCUCUAAACUAAAGCCAGUUUCGCAUUUAUUUUGCUAAAAUCAAUUUGGUAACAAUGUCGUAUUCCCAUGAAAGACUGCAAUGUUUUUGAAAGGGCAUAAGAAAUUGUUGACCUUUUAUGCAAAAUGGAGAGAACAAACACAGAAAUGCUGAGUGACUCAUUUAUUUCACUUUGGAGCAAUUCAGAUUCCAGAUUUUGAUCCAGUACCAUAUCUUAAUCAAGUAGGUUCAUUGAACUAUUUGUGACGGUGGCCGAUUUUCACUAGUUACUAAUAAAAUGCAGUCGCAUAUCAAA